CCCCGAGGGCUGAGACUGCAGUGCGCGUGCGCCGGCUGUGUGUUAGCUAACAGCAGCUUGCGGUGCUGCGCUGGCCGGCCGGCGGGUCUCGGUGAGUCGGUCGGCUCCGGGAGCGUGUGAGGAAGGUGGUGCAACAGAAGCUAACUUAACUGAAGAAACUUAUCAAUGAUUAUACUUCACAUUGGAAGUAGAGCCUGGAGACAAAACUGUCCCACUUUAAGUAGUUUUAAUGGCAGAAAGAAGGAGCUACUAAAGGUGGCGGCAAGAACUACCAGGCAGUAGAAAGUGGGAGUGCCUGAGAAAAGAGUGGAAAUGAAAGCAGGUAAUAGAUUGCCUAGAGCUGAGUGACUCCCCCUCCUGAGUAUUCCUAUACUACCCUGUACUAAUCUCUGUUGUAGCACUUACAAUACUCACCUUAGCUACCCUUUCUCUACUGGCCAGCUAUAAACUGACAGUCAAGAAGGGAAGGAGCAAUGUAUGAGCUGGGAAUUUAUUAUCAGGAAACUGACAGAUGUUUUCUCUUACAGAAGGCCCUACAGUGUAAAGGAAGCAAUGGGGGAAUUCGUGGGACCUGAUGGACAAAAAUGGGCCAAUAUGGAUCCAGAAGAACGACUGUUAGCAGCUGCUACAGUUUUUACCCAAAUCUGUGCAGGGCGGCAGGGUGAGGGAGAUGUCAGGAGGGAAGCCCAGUCUACCCAAUAUGAUCCCUACAGUAAAGCUUCAGUAACCCCAGGGAAGCCACCUGCUGCUCUUCCUUUGCAAAUGCAGUACCCACACGUGGAAAGUAACAUCCCUUCAGAAACAGUCUCAGAGGCCUCCCAGAGACUCCGAAAGCCAGUGAUGAAGAGAAAGGUGCUGCGUAGACAGCCGGGUGGGGAAGUGUUAGUGACAGAUGAGUCGAUUAUCAGUGAGUCAGAAUCUGGUACGGAAAGUGAUAUGGAUCUCUGGGACUUAAGACAAAGGCUGAUGAAUAUGCAGUUCCGGGAAGACAGGGAAUCCCCGGUUGAAAUUUCACAAAAAUUUAAUAUACCACAUGAAUACCAAACACUUACUCAAGAAGAUCAGCUCAUUUACUGUCUACAAAGAGAAGGAUUGGGCCCCCCAGCUUAUGAACAAGACCUGAUUGUUGCCAGCCGACCCAAGUCCUUUAUUCUCCCAAGGCUGGACCAGUUAAGCCGAAACCGGGGCAAGAUUGAUCGGGUAGCCCGAUAUUUUGAGUACAAACGAGACUGGGACUCAAUGCGCUUACCUGGUGAAGAUCAUAGGAAGGAAUUACGCUGGGGUGUCCGAGAGCAGAUGCUUUGUCGAGCAGAACCCCAAUCCAAGCCUCAGCAUGUAUAUGUUCCAAACAAUUACCUAGUACCAACUGAGAAGAAAAGAUCUGCCCUUCGUUGGGGUGUUCGUUGUGACCUUGCAAAUGGUAUCAUGCCCAGGAAGCAGCUCCCCUUCCCUCUUUCUCCUUCUUAAAGUCUUUUUUACCUGUCGUUCCUUUCUCAGGAUUGUUUGGGAUAACCUGGUUCUUUAUAUCUCUUCUAAACAGAAACAACUCACUUCACAAAUCUAUGGAACAUACCAAGUAAGGACCUCACCCAUCAUUGGUCUUCCCUAGCUGUAUAUCAAGUGGUUAGAUGCCAUUUAACUUCCAACUCUCAGUUCCAGUGUCUGCAAGAGAAGUCAUGCCAGAGAAAGAAAACAGGCCUGGUCUUCUCUAUUUUGUCAGAUUAGUAAAUUGAGUCGGUAAACACCAUCUCUGUUCUUUAAACUUUUUUCCUUUGGCCAGUGUGAGCAGCUGGGUUUUGAUUAGUGUGUGUUUUUAAGGUUCUGGGUGUUAAGCUUAUGCAAUAAAGAAUUUUGGAAAUCUG